AGGAAAACGUUACAGAAGACCCCAGAAAUAAACAAAGAACCUAAGCGAGCCGAGCCCCCUUUCUUCUCCAAAUAAUCACCCAGAUCUUCAUACGACGCCGUUCCGUUGAAGCUUUACUUCCUAACAUUACUUCGAUUCGUUUCUCUCUCUUCACUGUUCAGACUCUCUCUCUCCUAUUCCAUGCUCUUUCCUUUUUGGUCGCCGUCUUUGAAUUGAUGCGGGUACCCUUUGCGGAGUUUGGAUUGCGUUGUUGUUCGGUUAAGUGCAACUUGACUAGUAGAGCACCCCCCUUCCAAUCCAACUAGUUUCUAUGAUCACUUUUAAUUUGUGGAUGUCUGAGUUCAUGUUAUGACAGGACAUGUUUCUUAGCCCAAACAAAAAAUGAGUUUCCAACCCCACCAUUCAGGGCAUAUAUCAGGCCAGGUGCCAAACCAGGCUGGUACCAUUUUGCCUGGGCUACCCCAACAAAAUGGAACUCUUGUACCGAGCCGUAUGCAAAAUCCGAGUAUCGAUCGUGGUGUCGCGAAUACAGACUCUGAAUAUGGGAAAGCACGAAGUUAUAUGCAAGAAAAGAUCUGGAAUUAUUUUAUGCAGCGACGUCAACAAUCUCAGGAAAUGACGAACAGGACAAUGGUCGACCUAGUGCGACGGUUUGACGAGGCUUUGUACAAGAGUGCCACGACAACGGAGGAGUAUCUAAACCUGGCAACUUUGGAAAGGCGAUUGCUUCAUCUGAUGAAACGGUCCCGUAUGAUAAAUAAUCACAACCAGCAGUUUUCACAUGCUAAUUCUUCUUCUUCUUCUAUUGGUACAAUGAUUCCAACUCCUGGAUUGCAACAAACUGGAAAUCCUAGUCUUGCUGGGGCUCAGUCCAUGGAUAACAAUUUCUCCAGUACAAUUGCUUCCUCCACUGCCAAAUCUGGCAACGUAUUGCCAGCCAGAAAUGUGUAUUCUGGCAAUGUGCAUGGAGGUUCUUUUAGUUCAUCUGAUGGAGCUUUGGCUAGUGUAUACCAACAACCAUCUUCUUCUUUUUCAGUCAAUUCUGGGGGAGAUAACAUGGUGACAUCCAUGGGUGUCCAGAGAAUAACAAGUCAAAUGAUCCCUACUCCUGGAUUCAAUAGUUCUAAUAAUCAUGACGUACAUAGCAAUGCUAAUAACAAGUCAUUCGUAGAUGUGGAAUUAUCCAAUAAUGCUGGUGCAUUUCCAGCUGUUGAAUCUUCAAUUGUAUCACUACCUAUGCAGCAGAAGCAGCGGGUUGGUGGUCAAAACAGUCGUAUCAUGCACAAUACUGGUGGUGGAAUCAGAUCUACAUUGCAGCAGAAGUCCAAUGGAUUAUCAAAUGGGCCCAUAAACGGAGCUUUGGCGAGGACGGGUAACAAUAUGUCCAUUAUGAAUGCUUCAGGAACAACAGAGGGCUAUUUUUCGGGAACAGUAUACGGAAACUCCACCAGACCCUUGCAUCAACACUUUGACCAACAUCAGCGACCAGUUAUGCAGGGUGAUGAAUAUGGAGGUGCUGUUGCUGAUGUUUCAGGGUCUGGAAACCUCUAUGUCACUCCAUCAUCUGUUGGGUCCACGAUGAACAAUCAGAGCUUGAAUGCCGUAGCUAUGCGAUCUAUGCCAAAAACAAAUACUCAUUUGAUUAGUAAUCAGGCCAAUGUACAUCCUACUCAACAGGUGACAACUAUGAAACCUCAAUCAAUUGAUCAAUCUGAAAAAAUGAAUUCUCAACCACAGUAUUCAGUUAGAGAAAAUCUUGUACAAUCUCAUCAACAGCUUUCUCAUCCGUUUCAGAUCCAGCAACAUGUCCAGCAUCAGGUCCAACAAAGGCAGCAAACUCAAAACCAGGUUUCGUUAAAGAAUGACACUUUUGGUCAAUCGCAGGUGUCUGGGGUGAAGUCUGGGCAUGGGGGAGUACAUCACAAUGAAGGACUGCAUUCACAAGUCUCUGACACCUUCCAGUUUUCCAAUAUGCAGAGUCAAUUCCAGCAGAACUCCAUGGAAGAUCUUUCUCAAGCUACUCAGUUGCUGCCAUCUGGCCCACGGGAUGUCAGUUCAUCACUCAUUCAAACUUCAGAUCAGAUGCAACAGUUGUUGCAUCCGCAACAAUUUGUUGCUAAUACUCAAAGUGAGUUUGGCAAUCUCGGUGGUGGCAAUCAAACUGACACGGAGUUGCAUUCCAACCCUCAAGGUGUAUCUCACACGAGACUCCUGCAUGAUCAUACUCUGCAAAAUGAAUUUCAUCAUAGAUUAACAGGGCAAGAUGUAGCUCAACUAAAUAAUUUAUCAUCCGAAGAAUCAAUGAUUGGUCAACCACAUGCUCCUAGAUCAGCAGAACUUCCCAACACAAGCAAUGGUGUGUGUCGAUCUAAUAACCUUGACCGUGAACGGCAGUUCAGGAACCAACUCAGGUGGCUGUUAUUUUUAUAUCAUGCUCGUCGAUGUGGUGCUCCCAAAGGACAAUGCCAAGACCCUAACUGCGUAAAGGCUCAAAGUCUAAUGAAACAUAUAAAGCUUGGCUGCGGUGUUCGUGAAUGUGCAUAUCCUCGUUGUUCUGAUACUAGAAAAUUAAUGAAACAUAAUAGGGACUGUCGUGAUGUAAGCUGUCCUGUUUGUGUCCCUUUUAAGGGUUAUGUGAAACGUGCACAGUCAGAGGCAUCUGCUGUAUUUGAUACCAGUUCAGGAUUGCCUAGUUCUGUCAAUGGAUCUUGUAAAACACAUGAGAUUGCUGAAAUUACUGGAAGGUCAACCCCUAAAACGAGCACAACGAUAGCUGAAACUUCUCAAGAUUUGCAACCUUCUAUUAAACGCAUGAAAAUUGAACAAGGCUCCCAAUCUGUUGUCUCUGGAAGUGAAGCUUCUGUUCCACUGGCUUCUUCUGUUAAUGAGUCUCCUUUAAAGGAUGCUCAACAUUCUGACCAGCAUCUUGACUCUCAUAUUCCAAUGAAAUAUGAAACCGCUAAAGUUAAAAUGGAAGCUCUUGGAAAUGUUGGACAAUCAACUUCCAGGAUAAUUGAAAUGAAAAAGGACAACUUUGAAGGUGCAUGCAGUGAUCCUACUCCAUCAAACAACUCUGCUGGAUUUGGUAUGCAGGAGGUCAUUAAGAGCGAGAGAGAAAUGAAGCAGCCUAAGACGGAAAAUCAGCCAUUACCUUCUGAGAAUACAUCCAAGUCUGGGAAGCCAAAUAUAAAGGGAGUCUCAAUGACAGAGUUGUUCACCCCUGAGCAAGUCCGACAGCAUAUUACAGGUCUUAGACAGUGGGUAGGCCAGAGCAAAGCCAAAGCAGAAAAAAAUCAAGCAAUGGAGCGUUCAAUGAGUGAGAAUUCGUGCCAAUUGUGUGCAGUUGAGAAGCUUGCCUUCGAGCCACCCCCUACAUAUUGUACACCUUGUGGUGCUCGUAUUAAAAGGAAUGCUAUGUAUUAUACCAUUGGAGCUGGUGAAACUCGUCACUACUUCUGCAUACCUUGCUAUAAUGAGGCUCGUGGAGACACAAUCGUAGUUGAUGGAACAACUAUUGCAAAGGCAAGGAUGGAGAAAAAGAAAAAUGACGAGGAAACUGAAGAAUGGUGGGUUCAAUGUGACAAGUGUGAAGCUUGGCAGCAUCAAAUAUGUGCACUAUUUAAUGGUAAAAGAAAUGACGGGGGACAAGCUGAGUACACUUGUCCAAAUUGUUACGUGGAAGAAGUUGAAAGUGGAGAACGCAUGCCAUUACCUCAGAGUGCUGUUCUAGGAGCGAAGGAUUUGCCUAGAACAAUCUUAAGUGAUCAUAUCGAGCAGCGAUUAUUUGCAAAGCUUAAGCAAGAAAGGCAGGACAGAGCAAGGUUUCAAGGCAAAGGUUAUGAUGAGGUCCCAGGAGCAGAAGCACUUGUUGUAAGAGUCGUGUCAUCAGUGGACAAAAAGUUGGAUGUGAAACCACGGUUUCUUGAAAUUUUCCAGGAGGAAAACUAUCCUAUAGAAUACGCCUAUAAGUCAAAGGUUGUACUUUUAUUUCAAAAGAUCGAAGGUGUUGAAGUAUGUCUAUUUGGCAUGUAUGUUCAAGAAUUUGGAUCUGAAUGUCAACAACCGAAUCAUCGCCGAGUCUACCUUUCUUACUUGGACUCGGUUAAGUAUUUCAGGCCAGAAGUCAGAACAGUGACAGGAGAGGCUCUUCGGACGUUUGUGUACCAUGAAAUUUUGAUUGGAUACUUGGAGUAUUGUAAAAAACGUGGUUUCACAAGCUGCUACAUUUGGGCUUGCCCUCCAUUAAAGGGAGAAGACUACAUUUUGUACUGCCACCCAGAAAUUCAGAAGACACCAAAAUCUGAUAAACUUCGGGAAUGGUAUUUGGCCAUGUUAAGGAAAGCCGCAAAAGAAAAUAUUGUAGUAGAUCUUACUAAUCUGUAUGACCAUUUCUUUAUUUCUAAUGGUGAAUGUAAAGCAAAGGUAACUGCAGCUCGGUUGCCAUACUUUGAUGGAGAUUAUUGGCCUGGUGCUGCAGAAGACAUGAUCCAUCAACUGCAACAGGAAGAGGAUGGUAGGAAACAGAAUAAGAAGGGACCUAUGAAAAAAACCAUUACCAAAAGAGCUCUAAAGGCAUCUGGCCAAACUGAUCUUUCUGGCAAUGCAUCAAAGGAUCUCAUGUUAAUGCAUAAACUCGGUGAGACAAUAUCUCCAAUGAAGGAAGACUUUAUCAUGGUUCAUUUACAGCCCGCAUGCACACACUGCUGCAUUCUGAUGGUGUCUGGGAAUCGUUGGGUUUGCAGACAGUGCAAAAACUUUCAGCUGUGUGGCAAGUGUUAUGAUGCUGAAAGGAGACUUGAGGACAGAGAGAGACAUCCUAUAAACCAGAAGGACAAACAUGCACUUUAUCCCGUGGAAAUAACAUGUGUUCCCGAUGACACGAAAGAUAAAGAUGAAAUUCUGGAGAGUGAAUUCUUUGACACAAGACAGGCGUUUCUUAGUCUUUGUCAAGGAAACCAUUAUCAGUAUGACACCCUUCGACGUGCUAAGCAUUCAUCAAUGAUGGUUCUUUAUCAUCUUCACAAUCCUACUGCCCCGGCUUUUGUGACGACAUGCAAUGUUUGCCACCUUGAUAUAGAAACGGGACAAGGUUGGCGUUGUGAGACUUGCCCUGACUAUGAUGUAUGCAACGGAUGUUAUCAAAAGGAUGGAGGAAUUGGCCAUCCUCAUAAAUUAACAAAUCAUCCAACGAAUGAUCGAGAUGCACAGAACAAAGAAGCCAGGCAAUUACGAGUAACACAGCUGAGGAAAAUGUUGGAUCUUCUGGUGCACGCCUCGCAGUGUCGUUCUUCACUCUGCCAAUAUCCAAAUUGUCGUAAGGUGAAGGGACUUUUCAGACAUGGCAUGCUUUGCAAAGUACGUGCCUCCGCGGGCUGUCCUCUCUGCAAGAAGAUGUGGUAUCUCUUGCAGAUUCAUGCUCGAGCGUGCAAAGAUCCCAAUUGCAAUGUACCUCGAUGCAGAGAUUUGAAGGAACAUCUAAGAAGGCUGCAGCAGCAGUCGGAUUCUCGAAGAAGGGCUGCUGUAAUGGAAAUGAUGAGGCAACGUGCUGCCGAAGUUGCUGGCAGUUCUUGAAUUUCAAGUUAUGUGCACAUAUCACAUCGAUUUGCUUGGCACACCAUUUUAUUUGUUCAUAGUAAAGCUUGCUAGAGAAGUCUAUAAUCGACCAUCGUGAAAUUUUGAUAGAAUGAGUUCAAAAUUGUGAUAGAAGUAGAUAAGUUAAUUCUUUGGUUGCAUUUUUUGCCAUCCAUCAACGUUCGAUGGAUGGCCAAUGUAUAAUAAUUGCUCGAUGCAGGUGACCACAGAUCAUUUUGAUUUUUUUAUACAGGGAAAUGUAACUUGAGUAAGUACAGUUCUUCCAAGAGUUAAUUCCAUCUGCUCUGCUUUGUGAAUUUACACCCAA